AACUAAAGCAAAGUCCCUAGUCUCAGUCGUGGACCCUUCUACGCCUAGCCCACCUACACCCAAGUUUCACCUUGAACGUACCGGCUGAGCUGCAUGGCGUCCUCUGAGGUCGACCAGAAGUUUCUCGGCAAGCUUGCCAAAGCUGUCGAGAAUGACAAUCCUCUCUUGGCCAGCAUGCUCUUCAAGAUUCUAGGCUUGUCGCUCAACCUUGCCGAACAGCUUGUUGCUGCAAAGAAGCAGCGCCGGCCUGACUAUGAGCCAUCACCUAACGCGAUACGGCGCGUCUUGCGUAUCAUAUGGCUCUCCCGAGAGGGCAAGGUAAUGCUUGAACAGUAUGUCAUACCAAUGGUUGGCAACUAUGUCGAACUCAAGGUCCUCGCCUACAAACUUCGUGCCUCCUUUUCACAUAUUUUUGCUCUCUUCGGCAACACACCCUCGGUCUCGAACCUGGGAAGACAAACGCCAGAUGUCACUGCUGUACUGACGCCGCGCCUGGAUAAGGGAAAGGGACGCGCUGCCGACAUGGAAGUUGAAUCUAGGCCCUCCUCUGUUCAACCAACUCACCCCCUCGAAGGAGGACCCGUGUUGCCUCCCCCAGGGUUUGAAGAUCAAAACUUUACAUUAUCGCCCAACUUUCUCAUCCCGGCCAAAGACUACCUUCCUGAGGCGAAACAACAUUUUCAAGAGGCUAUCCAGCUUGCCGACUCGAUGCUCUGGGGCUCUCACUCUCUUCGCCUCUCCGUCAAAACUGAAUAUGCUGCCUUCUUAUACGAAUGUGUUCACGAUGCUGAAGGAAGCCGGAAAGUUGCCAAGGACACUAUCGCGGAAGUUUACGAGGCCACGGAGGGAAUGGACGACGACAUGUUUGGCGAUGCUUGCGAGCUGGUUACGGUCCUGGGCAAGAUGAUGAAACGUGGUCUCGGCACCAGUGGUACUCUACGUAAAGCUCCAGCAGUGAACCAAAAUCCCAUACCAAGAGCCACUCCCCCUCCAGGAAUGGAGAACCCCAUUUGAAGAGGGCACGACCAGCUUCUCACAGUACCCAACACAGACCACAACACUCGUAACGACUCGAGAAAGUUGUGGUAGCUUGACGAGCGGCUCCGAAGCAACUUGGGCGACACCAACUGGGAUGAGCAGAAGUACGGCUCAGGUCUAAG